UUGUGUCUAAGUCUGGGAGUAAUGGCAUGAGUACAGUGCUAUACGCAUUUUUUUUGGCAAGCUUUUGUUUUUCAGAGCGUGAGGUAGAAGCUGAUUUUCCACAGUUUCUGUUCUCGUGUCAGUCACAAAUUCAGCCAGAAGGCGCAAAAGAGACGACGCAAAGAACAGUUGGACAAACUGUAAACUUGUUCAGAAGCAGCCACAAAGUGCCCAGAAACUCGCAGUCUGAGGAGCCGUCAAAAACGCAAUCCGAUUCACCCUUCCUUGCUGUGAUUGAGGGAUACUUCGCCGGACAUGUGAAUUUAAUUGGAGAUACCUGCCUAGCACAACAAUGAAGCCAACGUCUGUCCUGUGUUGCCUCGGUUUUCUCCUGACGAGCGUCUUGUUUGGGGUCGGCUCUCCACAAUCAGUCUGUGCGGGCACUGAGAACAAGCUAAGCACUUUGUCGGACCUGGAGCAGCAGUAUCGCACCUUGAGGAAAUACUACGAGAACUGUGAAGUUGUCAUGGGCAACCUUGAGAUUACAAGCAUUGAUCGUAGUCGAGAUCUGACCUUCCUCAGAUCUAUACGAGAAGUGACCGGCUAUGUGUUGGUGGCUCUGAACCAGUUCGACUACCUGCCUUUGGAGAACUUAAGGAUCAUUCGAGGAACCAAGCUUUAUGAGGAUCGCUACUCGCUUGCAAUCUUUCUGAAUUACAGACGAGAUGGAAACUUCGGCCUUCGACAGUUGGGUCUUAAAAACCUUACAGAGAUUCUCAAUGGAGGUGUGUAUGUUGACCAGAACAAGUUCCUCUGCCAUGCAGAUACAAUCCACUGGCAGGACAUUGUCAAGUAUCCAAGGCUCCAUCCUAUAGUGGUGCCCACUAACAGCAGUGUCACAUGUCAUAAGUGCCAUCGUUCAUGUACUGGGCGCUGCUGGGGCCCCAAGGAGGACCACUGUCAAAGCUUAACUAAGACGGUGUGUGCUGAACAGUGUGACGGUCGCUGCUUUGGUCCCUAUGUAAGUGACUGCUGCCAUCGUGAGUGUGCAGGUGGCUGCUUUGGUCCAAAGGACACAGACUGUUUUGCCUGUACAAACUUCAAUGACAGUGGGGCGUGUGUUACACAGUGCCCUCAGCCAUUUGUCUACAAUCCCACCACGUUCCAACUUGAACACAACCCCAGGGCAAAGUACACCUAUGGAGCCUUCUGUGUCAAGAAGUGUCCUCAUAACUUUGUGGUGGACCACAGUUCUUGUGUGAGAGCAUGCCCUAGUAACAAGAUGGAGGUGGAGGAGAACCGUAUUAAGAUGUGCAUCCCUUGCACUGAUAUCUGCCCAAAAGCAUGUGAUGGAAUAGGUACAGCCAGCCUACAGACAUCGCAGACAGUGGACUCAAGCAACAUUGACAAGUUUAUCAACUGCACCAAAAUCAAUGGCAACCUGGUGUUCCUUAUUACUGGAAUUAAAGGGGAUGUCUAUCACAACAUUGGACCUUUAGAUCCAGAAAAACUCAAUGUCUUUCGCACAGUUCGAGAAAUCACAGGCUACCUUAACAUCCAGUCUUGGCCUGACAACAUGACUGAUUUGAGUGUUUUCUCCAACCUAGUAACAAUCGGGGGAAGAGCGCUGUACAGUGGGAUCUCCCUGCUGGUGUUAAAACAGCAGGGCAUCUCAUCACUGCAGCUUCAGUCCCUGAGAGAGAUCAGUGCUGGGAAUGUCCACAUUGCAGAGAACAGCCAACUCUGCUACUACAGCACUGUCAACUGGACAAGAUUGUUCCGCGCUGGAAACCAAAAGGUUCUUAUCCGCAAUAACCGAAGCCCACAAGAAUGUGCCAAGGAGCGCAUGGUGUGUGACACAUUGUGUUCUGAUGCUGGAUGUUGGGGUCCUGGCCCAGACCAGUGCAUGUCUUGCCGGUAUUUCAGCCGGGGGCGAACCUGUGUAGAUUCCUGCAACCUAUACGAGGGGGACAUUCGAGAGUAUGCCAACGGUUCAAUGUGUGUGGAGUGUGAUGCCCAGUGUGAAUGGGCGGACGAUGACUCUUUAACCUGCCAAGGCCCGGGCCCAGAACAUUGUGCCAAAUGUCUUCAUUUCAAGGAUGGUCCAAAUUGCGUGGAAAAGUGUCCUGAUGGUCUGCAAGGUGCCAACAGCUUCAUCUUCAAGUAUGCUGAAGUAAACAACGAAUGCCAUCCCUGCAAUGCCAACUGCACCCAGGGGUGCAUUGGACCAAGACUACAAGACUGCAUUGGCUGGAUGGACAGAACACCCUUGAUUGCUGCAGGAGUGAUUGGUGGGCUCUUCAUGGUGGUGAUCAUGGUAUUGAGUGUAGCAGUGUCUGUGCGCCGGAAGAACAUUAAGAAGAAGAGAGCCCUUCGGCGAUUUCUGGAGACUGAGUUGGUGGAACCUCUGACUCCCAGUGGAACAGCUCCUAAUCAAGCCCAGCUUCGCAUUCUUAAAGAAACAGAACUUAAACGAGUCAAGAUACUUGGUUCUGGAGCCUUUGGAAUUGUUUACAAGGGUAUUUGGGUCCCAGAGGGUGAAACUGUGAAAAUUCCUGUGGCCAUCAAAAUCCUUAAUGAGGCCACCGGACCCAAGGCAAAUGUGGAGUUCAUGGACGAGGCUUUGAUAAUGGCUAGCAUGGAGCACUCUCACCUUGUCCGGCUGCUGGGUGUCUGCCUGAGUCCCACUAUCCAGCUGGUGACACAACUGAUGCCUCAUGGCUGCCUGCUUGACUAUGUCCAUGAACACAAGGACAACAUUGGAUCACAGCUGCUGCUCAACUGGUGCGUCCAGAUUGCCAAGGGAAUGAUGUAUCUGGAGGAGCGUAGACUGGUCCACAGAGAUCUGGCGGCCCGAAACGUUCUUGUCAAAUCUCCAAACCACAUCAAGAUCACCGACUUUGGCCUUACCCGGCUGCUGGAUGUCAAUGAAAAAGAAUAUAAUGCUGAUGGAGGAAAGAUGCCAAUCAAAUGGAUGGCCCUGGAGUGUAUCCAUUACAGGAAGUUUACUCACCAGAGUGACGUUUGGAGCUAUGGUGUAACCAUAUGGGAACUUAUGACCUUCGGAGGGAAACCAUAUGAUGGAAUUCCUACCAGGGAUAUUCCAGAUCUGCUGGAGAAAGGAGAGCGUCUUCCUCAGCCACCCAUCUGUACCAUUGAUGUCUAUAUGGUCAUGGUUAAAUGCUGGAUGAUUGAUGCAGACAGUCGACCCAAGUUCAAGGAGCUAGCUGCAGAGUUCACUCGGAUGGCUCGUGAUCCCCAGCGAUACCUGGUCAUCCAAGGUGAUGACCGCAUGAAGCUGCCCAGCCCCAAUGAUAGCAAGUUCUUCCAGAGUCUGUUAGAAGAGGAUGAGCUGGAUGACCUGAUGGAUGCUGAGGAGUACUUGGUUCCUCACUCCUUUAACAUUCCACCUCUGGCAUACACUCCUCGCACACGCAUGGACUCCAACAAGAAUCAAUUUGGCUGCCAGGAUCCAACUUACACCAUGGGUGACAUGCUGGCGACUCUGCCUAGAGUGGGUCAGCCCAUGCCUGGAAGCAGCCUUCCUUCACAGGAACUUGCUGCGGGGGCCCAGAUUAGUGGUGGAUUUAGCCAUGGCAACCAGGAUGACCCUCGCUGUAAUGGCACCCUAAGGAAGCACGCCUCCCCAAGGUCAAGCUCCCUUGGUUCAGCUCACACUGCAGGACAAGGCGGAGGAGAGGACAGUAGUGGACAGCGCUACAGUGCAGAUCCUACAUUUCUUUUAACAGAACGAGGUGAAAAAGGAGACAAGGACAGCUACAUGGUUUCCAUGAGAAACAAGAGCUCCUCAGAUCAUCUCCAUCCUGUUGAGGAAAACCCCUUUGUCACACGUCGUAGGAAUGGUGAUGCCCAUGUGGUGAUAGAUGGAGCAAGUUGCCACACCUUACACAUAGCUGGGGCUGCGGCGGCCCCAAAAAGCCAAUCUGCCCAUAGUGACGAUGAGUAUAUCAAUGAGCCACUGUACCUGAAUACAUUCCUUAACCCUGGGGACAAGAAUGGAUUAGCUUGUGCAACUUCCAUCUCUGGUUCUACAUCCUCUAAUGCACAAUCAGUCCUGCAUACAGCAAACCCAUCCACAUCAAGCCAGAUUGCUUCCUCCUCUGGAUAUGUUGUAACUCCUGGUCUACUGCCCCACCCAACAUAUCCAUCACACACCUUGCAUCCAGGCCAUACAGGACACACUCUGUACUCAGGCAUCAGCAGUAGCACAAUGAUGUUUGAUAAGAAAGCCAAGAAAGCAACUUUUGACAAUCCUGAGUAUUGGCAGCACAGUCUCCCUCCGAAGUCCACAUUGCACAACCCUGAGUACCUACAGGACUGCAGCACACGUUUCUUCUACCGGCAGAAUGGACGCAUUCGCCCUGCUGUGGCGGAAAACCAGGAAUACUUGUCUGAGGCUGCUAUGAAGGCUGGCAAUGUCUUGCCACCACCUCCGUACAGGCAGAGGAACACUGUGGUGUAGUGACCCCCCUGUAGCAUCUGGAAAUAAAAAAUCAUGUCUUUUCAAUGCCGUACUUGCCCUCCUGGGUCCACCUUGCACCUUUUCUGAAAGCUUCUCAAGAUCAUGUCUGAUUGGAAGUCUUUUAUUCCCAUUGUUUAAAUCUGCCUUUUCAUAAAAGACCUAAAUAACUGUUACAGACAGCUUCAUUUAAGACUUAAAUCGGAGCCAUCAGGGAGGGGUCUGGUCCAGCCCGGAGAAAACAGUUACGGCAUCUUUAUCAACAGAAUAAAAACAAUCCAAGAAGAGAUAACAAAAAAUUUAAUUCAAAAAGAAGAAGUAAACUUAUAUUAUUCAGAUGAGGAUUCUUUUCAUUAACACUGUAAGAUUAUGUUAAUGAACCCAUGAAUUAUCCUUUUGUGUGUUAAUGUAUGCGUUGUUUUUUUAAUCAAACUAGUUGUGUUCAUGGUUUUAUUUAAACAGAUUUUUUCAGAGCAUUCAGCCUAUAAUGUAAAACAUGCAUUUGGAUUAGAAUCUUGAUUUACCAACACAAGUUAUGCUGAGACUGCUUAAAGUAUUUUCCAUUCCUGCCCACUCACCUCUGUUACUUUUCCUUUUUAUUACAGUUAAACAUGUCAUACCAGGGACAAGCCUGAUAAUACGUAAAUAUUCCAACAUAGAAGCCUGCUAGCACUUGAAAUGUGCUCUGAAGAGGUUUCUGGUUUCUUUCAGCAGGUAGUUGUGCACAGCAGAGGAAGGGACGACUGAAAAAAAAUGGUCCAUAGCAUAGUUAUAUUCUUUUGUCCCUGUACACACAACAUGGAUAUGUUUUAGAAUUUUUAAUCAACACUUUCCAAAGUGGAAGUGUUUGAAGACUCAGUUUUUCUCCGCAACAAUGGAGCUGUUUUUAUGGGGUUUUCCCCCCCUUACUUUGUCCUGAUUCUGUUUUAAUUAAACUUUAAUGCAAGCUAAUGAAGUUGAUGACUAAGAGGACAGAGGAUUGAGUGUUAGAAAAAGCACAAGUUACAACAGGAAACUGACAUUAUAUUGCAUUCUAGGAGUGUUGGAGGCAAAUUGUUGGGUCCAGGAAACAGCAGUCUAUAGGCGGAGAGAGAGACAGUAACAAAGAAAAUAUAUGUGGAAAGAAAACUCAUAGAAGGACUGUUGUAUCUAUUGUGAGAGACAAAAUGAGGGUUUGGGAUCCAAAUAUGAGAAGCAAAUAUAAGCUUCUGGACAAAGAGUUUUUGGGUCUUUCUUGCAAAAGUAUUUGUUUUGUUGACAUUCUUAAACUUUUAGCAUUUGACUACAAACACACAAAAACACAAAGAAAAUAGAAAAUGCAGCUGCUGUUGUUUGUGUGUAUCAUCUUUGGUUACAGAGCACAUAUUUAUGCACAUGAGAACUAAUACAAGUAAUUUAGAUAACCCAAUGAUGAUUUCUAUGUACAUUAGUCUUUUCAGAUCAUCUUCAAGAGAUAAGGUGGUCAAAGUUCAUGCAUUGAUAACAAUGUUGUGAGGUAUUGUUAUUUCCUCAUCAUCAUAUUGACGCACCAUAGUGAUUAGUACCUGCACAGCUUGCAAGGUGUGCUGUUAUGUGAUGUUAUGAUCCGAUUCCCUAAUAUUUGGAAAGAAUCUUUUGCCUAGCUUGCAUUAGCGUUUUUCUUCAGAAUGUUAGCGUCAUCGUUGUUGACAUUAACGAGACCUGCUGGCAUUACAUAACUUUUAAAAUGAUGUUGACUGGAAUCCCACAUUUCACCUAGACAUGGAAAUAUUGAGAGACAUAUCAGUUACAAAAUGUGUCGAAAAUAGUGUUGCAGGGACUUGUGAUGAAGUAUGCCAGUGUUAUGUUGGGAUUUUAAAAAGUGAUUGCUCAUAAAACAGCCCUUUAAUUCCAACUUUUAUUUAAAGUUAUAUUUCCACUCUACUAGUCAAAUAUAUCCAGCAAAUAGAGCCUCAAGCCAACCAGAUCAAUGUUAAAUCUUUCAGUGCCAAUGCACGGAUGAUUAUUUAAAUAGGAUGCAAAGAAGUUGAUUUUGGGGGAAGCUUUUUACUCAAACAUAUUAAAAACUUUACCAACAUAGUUUUUGUUUAUUAAUAUACCACAAUGUUUUUAUUAUGUGUUGCAUUUAAAUGACAAACAUUGGGAAAAACUGCACAAACAACCACCAAAAGAAGACUGCGAAUAUGGCCCCUAAGAGCUGUAAUAAUGAGCCAAUUACACGUCAUUACCAGACAGAGGCGGUUGCAGCAAAAAAGACUGCAUGGAUCAAUCCGUGUCUGAGGAGAUGUAAAAGUACAUCAAAGGCAACUUUAGAAUUUUUUUCCAGCACAAUGUUUUCAGAAACAUAAAAAUGAACUUGGUAUCACAGUCUGCUCUCAUUUUUGCUUUAGUUGGACGAGAUGAAAAGCCUGUCUGAAAGAACCUCUUUUUUUAUCAUGGUAUGAAAUACAAUGUUAAAACACAGUGAUUUGUUUAUAUUUUUGGUGAAAGAUUUCAGUUUAUCAUUAUUUUAAUUACGGCAAGCUUUCUAUAAUUAGACUAUGCUGCUGGAUGCCACUUAAAAUCCCGAUAAAAACCACCAGCAUCUAUUAUUAAAAAGAUGAUGAAGCCUUGCUUGGGCACAGUUGAAUUGCACUUAAUGUUCAGGGACAGCUAAAUAACUGCUGUUAUUCUUGUUGAGAAGGCAAUUCAUGCAUAUGUUUUUAUAUGAUGCAAGUAUCAUUCACUAUUGACUAAUAUUUUCAUUUCAUCAGCAAUUUAUUAAUUAUUUGUCAUCACUUCUAAAGGUAUAAUAAUGACAAUUUCAAUCAGGGAAACAUGCUGUAUACUUAGCUGUUUAAUUCACUGGAUCAAGUUAUUUGGUUUCAAAUAUUGCACUUUUUGCAAUGUGGGCGGAAGGUUCAAGAGCUGAGUUUUCUUAAAUUUAUGUAAGUAGUGUCGGUCCACUCCACCAACACAGAAACCCUAAAAAGAAUAUACUUCUUCAUUAAAUACAGUUUACCAAGUGGCUACAUGUGUUAGCUUUAUUUUUGUUUUAGCCUUAGGUUUUUUGCUCUUAAUCAGUCUUUGGAAUGCAGAUUUUUUUGACAGCAAAUUCCAACUCGCAACUUGACACCUAAAGGACAUAAGCAAGUGGACAUCAUACUAUGAACUGUGGGUAAAUAUCUUCAGUGCACAGUAUACAAAUUAAAAUUGCCCCUCUGGGACACAUAAAGCUUUAUUAAAUAUAUUUCUUAAAUAUAUUUAUCUUAAAGCACUCUUUAGUUGGUGUUGCCGUUGACAUAGGAUAAUGCUCUUUUCCAUAAGAUGGAAGAGUUAUAAAGGUGUUAGAGGAGUAGCAAAAGUUUUAGUCUUUUGUUCUUUUUUUAUUGAUGUAAUUUUUAAUCUUUCACUAAUCAUUUAGUUGAGUUUAGGCAUCUUAACAUUUUAGUAGGAUUUCAGAAAAUGUCAUCAGUAUCACACUGAAACUACUCACCAAGCAUGGCCUAAAUGCUUCAGCCUCGCCUGGUCUUCUUCCUCUUCUUUUCUGCAGGUCAACCUAAUGCACUGCAUUAACAUGGCUAACUUUGUUAAGAAUGCUAAUAAAAUUUUCUGGUAACACAUCACCUGAAAUUAGCUUAGCUUUAUCAUUUGUUUGUAAACAUAAAUCUGACUUGACAUAUUGUAUCUACAGAUUUAAUGUUACUUGUUUAGCUCCUGCUGUGUUCAUACAGUGCAGUUUUCUUUUGUUCUAUGCUAACUUUAACAUGUUUCCUCUCUGUUUUGACCUGACUCAGUGAUAAUCUGGUUUGUUGCAUAUAUUUCAGUGUGGUUCCAGUUAAUUGAGAACAAAAUUUACAUAAAAGGUUGUUCUUAUGCUUCAAGAACUGUAUGACCAGUAUUUGUCUCUUCAACACCAAGAGAUGUCUGUCAAUAUCUAAAACACAGCAUUUGAUCAACAAAAUAAUGUGUAUGAGCUCUAUUACGGUUUUGCAAGCCCAGGUCCAACCUGCCCGUAAAAACAUGGCUGUGCAUCUUGCUUAGUUUGCAGUUGAUAUAAUCAAAGACAGACCACCAACAGCCAAUACAUGGGUUCAGAAGGGGACAUCCCGAGUGAAAACUGAUCUAUAUUUUGAGACCCAUUGCUGAACCCAUGAAUGUGUGCCCAUUUGUGAGACAAAUUCAUAUAUCUUAAUUGCACAAUUUGGAUAAACAAUGGUAAAUAUUUUUCAUUGAAUUUGUUUCGUUCGCUAGUUUCUAAGCCGAUUAUAGUCUUAGUGCUGGACAUUUUACCCCUUGUACAUUUUGAACCAGUGUAGUUUUGGUCAUUUUGCACUUGACUUUUUUAACAUGAAAUGGUGCAUUUCUUCUAGUUAAUGUUUUGUACUGACCAUGUGUUAAUUCAUACCUGCCACGGGGAGGUUGCAUACCUGCUUUGACGUAUAUUUGAUAUAUAUAUAUAUAUAUAUAUAUAUAUAUAUAUAUAUAUAUAUAUAUAUGACACUGCCACUACCAUGUUAUGUAUUGGUUUUAGUGUAAAGGUCACUGGAUAUAUACACUGCUCAAAAAAAUAAAGGGAACACUCAAAUAACACAUCCUAGAUCUUGCGGCCCUCCAAAGAAAUGCCACCCCACAACAUUACUGACCCACUGCCAAAUCGGU